AUGCUACAACUAAUAGCAAACCUGACAAUCGAUGAAAAUACUCUAGCGAGCAGAGCGGCAGGGCAACUGACGUCAGCCAUCACUGCAGACGUCAGCCUUCACUGCAGACGUCAGCCUUCACUGCAGACAUCAGCCAUCACUGCAGACAUCAGCCUUCACUGCAGACGUCAGCCUUCACUGCAGACGUCAGCCAUCACUGCAGACGUCAGCCUUCACUGCAGACGUCAGCCAUCACUGCAGACGUCAGCCAUCACUGCAGACGUCAGCCAUCACUGCAGACGUCAGCCUUCACUGCAGACGUCAGCCAUCACUGCAGACGUCAGCCAUCACUGCAGACGUCAGCCUUCACUGCAGACGUCAGCCUUCACUGCAGACGUCAGCCUUCACUGCAGACGUCAGCCAUCACUGCAGACGUCAGCCAUCACUGCAGACGUCAGCCUUCACUGCAGACGUCAGCCAUCACAGCUGCGCCAAUGGUGGCGCUAG